CAACAGCAGCAGCAGCAGCAGCAACAGGCUACAGCUCCCCCACCCCCCUCGUCCCCUCACAGCUGACGCAACAGGCACCAAGCGCUCCUCUCGUACACACAAUGAUGUUCCGUGGCAGUUCGUGGUGCAGCGUGGUGCUGGUGGGAGUGGUCGUAGCUCUGGUCGUGUGUGUGGGCGUGGGUGAGGCUAUCCCUCCACCCAUCUGCCUCAACCAGCAGCUGCCCCUCAGCGCCUACGCUAAGAAGCUAUGCGUUGCCCUAGCUAACAUCUCAGAGUUCUCCAGGGCAAUGGAGGAAUAUCUAGAUGCUCAAGCCAUCAAGAACAGCAUGCCUGUGAACGAGCCCGAGGUCAAACGACAAGAUCUAGACCACGUCUUCCUGCGCUUCGGACGGUCCCAGUAACAAGUGAAGACGAAGGGGCUCGCUGAAGGACGAGACUCACGAGAUCGCUCGCGCUGAAGAGCAAGAGAAAAAAUGUUACUCUGCCAAUCAUUUUUAGCCUCUGUUGAUGCUACUUCUGAAUGGCUCUUGUAGUUCAUGUCUUUACCUAUGUAUAAUGACCUCUUAAUUAUCUAGACCAAAAAUGGCUGGCAUUGUUGCAUAAACACUUUACCUAUGUUAAUUUUUUUUUAAUAUUACGCCUCCAAAGAAAACAAUUUAUGUGUGUGAUUUUUAUUUGUAUUAAACUAAAGCCUAUUUAUAGAUACAGAUAUAUAAAUAUAUAUUUAUGUUUUUUAUCUAAUGUACAAUAUCUUUAGAAUAUUAUCUUUAGAAUAUUACAAAUAAAGCUGAAUCUCCCUACA